AUGAAUUCAUCCAAACAGUACUUUGAAUAUUUGAAGGGAGAAAAGGUGGCAGGAGUGCUGUUGGAGGAGCACAAAGAGGAGGACGACUGGAUUGCGGUUCGUCCCAGAAACAAAGGCGCUUUUGAUCUGGAUCGUUUCCUGGUGACAACAGAGAAUAAGACCAACCAGUGGCCGUCCCACAGGACCUCAGAGGAGGAGCCAGAAUGGGAUGUCAACAGUGCAUUUGUGGCCAACGCUGCAAACCACAUAAAAUCUAAAGGCCUGAAGACCAAGGUCCUACAGAUCUCAAGAGAGAACAAGGAGAAUGAGACCAGGACCAGACAGGUGGAGAACACAGAACUGAAGAGGAGGGGGGAGUCACUGACAGUUCAGGGUAUUCACAUGUUUGAGCGCGGCCAGUACAGCCAGGCAGUGGAAACGUUUACAGCUGCCAUCUACUGUGACCCCAAAGACCACAGGUUUUCUGGGAAUCGUUCUUACUGUUACUGGUUUUUGGAGCAGUAUACCGCCGCCCUGACAGAUGCACAGAGAUCCAUUAAACUGGCACCCGAUUGGGCAAAGGGAUACUUCCGUAAAGGAUGUGCACUGAUGGGGUUAAAGCGAUACAGUGAAGCGGAGAAGGCCAUGCAGCAGGUGUUGGAGCUGGAUGCGGCCUGUCAGGAAGCCUCCUCUAAACUCUUUCACUGUCGGGUCCUUCAGCUGAUGGAGUUUGGUUUUGAAAAACAGCAGAGUGAGGAGCUGUUGGAGAGGUUCACCACCGUGCAGGCGGUCCUCACCUCCUCCUCCUCCACUAAAGGUAGGGGUUACCUGCACUACCACAUCUUGCCACCAUGUGGCAGCACUGUCUUCAGACGGCCUCGGCGUAGUUGUCACUGCCCACGAACAGUCCAGAUGGAGGAUGACUAUCAGCCCGUCUACUGGAGGACCACAGGCGGUCUCUGUGGCAAGAAGCGCAGUUUCAGCCGCAGCCCAGACCAACAAGGUCGAGACGAGACACCACAGCGACCUCUGACAAUUCCUCCAAAGCAACACAACACAGUGAAGGAACUUGUGCACAGAACAGGAAAAAAGGUUUGA